AUGGAGUCCCAACGCAAGCUCUUUUACGACAAGAAUCCGCUGCCAGCCAAGCUCAACGCCAUCUCACACCGGGCGGGGGCUGCUAGAAAGUCUCGCGACAAGACCGCAUUGGACCCGUCAAAGGCGCAGGAGGUGCUCAAGGAGGCCACCGAGGCGGUGCGGCUGGCCGAGCACCCGCUCGAGACCAAGAAGGCGGACUACGCCAACCUGGAGGCUAAGCCGCACCGGCUCGCAGCCUCUACGCCUGAGGUCCCAGCGGCGCGGCAGCAACCCGAGACCAACCUGGACGCGUCCGCCUUGGUCGAGCUUUUGGGCACCAUCAAAGGAGCCCGCGAUCCAGAAGCUGUGGCCCCGCGGCUUCUCAAUGCGCUGGCUGUCGCUGCGGCUCCUGGUGGCCCUCCAGCGCCUUCUACCCCUGCUGGCGGCCCUCCCAACGAGGGAGCUCCUGCUGGCUCGCAGGAGGACGCCUGCGAGGGGCCGCCCGCGAAGACGGCGAAGCUGCAGCAUUGGGGCCCUGAGAAGAAUGGCAUCGAGAAGGUGCGCGAGUCCGUUUCGGAAUCCGUCUCAGACGACACGGGCGACGAGGUGGUCGUGGCCAAGGCGAAACCCUUGGCGAAGCAUGGGCAGCUCGGCCUUGCGGCGGGGGAUCGCUUCCACAAUGAGUCGCUGCGCGCAUUCUCCUUGGGCACGCAGCGGCUGGUCAGUUUCAACGGUCAAAUCACUGACGCGGACUGGGGCGUAAGCUUCCAG